GUUUAAUUGGAAUGGCUAUGGUCUGAGUAAAAACAUGUUCACCAACUUCACGCGAACAAAAUAGAUAAACGUUUGUUGAGGGGGGCAAGAUGUGAGUGGAUCUUUUUAUUUCGGGGGCCAAUGUGGGAUUCAUAUUUUUUCUUUUCUUUUUCUGGUUUGAGAAGUGUACUGGGCAAUGUUAUGACUUUGUCGGAAUCAGUUUCGCUACAUCAAGGAUAAGAUAAUGAAUGUGGCAAUAAUGUUCUUCGACUUUGAGAAGGCAUAUGACCAAGUGAAUUGGGGUUUUCUCCAGCAGUGCAUGGAAAGGGUGGGUGUAGGACCUAAUUUCAGGAAAUGGAUACGGGUCUUAUACAAUGAUGCACACGGGCAGUCUGAAGAAGAAAUUAACAGCCUUUGCGAACGGCUGAAAACAGAGGAGCACAGAUGCCGAUACCUUGCACAAACAAUUAUUGACGUCCUCCCAAUCAUCGAAUAUGCUGCACAGCAAAGACCGCUUCCAUUUGAGGUCAAACAAACUGCAAUGUCAAUUUGGCGCUAUUUGGGCACAGAAGCCGAGUGCGGUCAGAGUAGGAAAAGGGAGGAGGAGGAGGAGGAGGAGGAGGAGGAGGAGGAGGAAGAGGAGGAGGAGGUUGUGCCAGCUCCUGGAAGCUCUCCCAUAACGGGCUUGUUACAUAUACCGGUAUGCCUGUGUAGAUCUCCUAAAGGAUUAAAAAAGGAGCGAAGCAAAACGGCCAUUGAUGUGGACGUUGCCUCUUACAUUUGGAGUGUGAAGGCAAGCUUGAGGGCACCUGUAAACAGGUCAAUGGUGUUGAAUGGAUCGGCCGAUUGGCAAUCGGAUGACGAUAACCCAAUUCAGAUGGGACCGGCAAGCAGAUCUCCAACAGGGUGCUGCUGUGCCAGCGGGACAAGGACUACCGAGGCCGUGGGAGAGGUAGCGACCGCUUGCAGUCUGGAAGGGGAAGGAGAGGGCAACGACUUCAAAGGUCUCCAAAUGGGCGGGGCUGAAGAUCUAGAGCAAGUCAAAACGCCGACUUUCGGAAGAAGUUCCUUGGGUUUCUUUGCUGAUUACAGGCCACUGGGGAGCUGUGAAAAAGAGGGGGAUGAAGUGUGUACAAAGUGUAGAGAAAUCUUAGACGGCGACGGCGGAGCAAUAGAAAAUUGGAGAGCUGUCGAGCGUCUAUCGAGGGGCAAUGGUGCAACGAUGCUGAGGCAAUCGUCAGACAGCAACGUGGAUUGCUUUGUGUAUGAUAAGGAAUGUGGGAGUGACUUCCGUAUGCCGCUGGGAAGAUGUGAACCUGAUGAGAGGGCUGACCCUUUGAGAGAGAUUGACUCUUCGGUGCGAUGGCCCUGUCGUUUCCAGCAUGCAUUACCAGACUCCUCAGCAAGAGGGGAAGGAGGUGCUCUCCCGUGUGCGGAUUCUGGUAGGAACAUGUGCCCUGCUCUGGAGCAGCGGACUGGUUCUGAAGAAGAUGCUGAGAAGCCUUCAACAACGAGUAGCAGAGGAAAGUUUAUUGAUAUGUAUGUGCACACGCAAGAUCCGGGCUCCACCUCAGUGGAACCGUAUGCACUGCAGAGAAUGGAGAUGGAACCUCUUCGUGGAAGUUCCGGCCCAUCAUCGUUGCCAUCGUCAUGUGGAUUUUCGAAUCCGGAGUCUUCAAGAUUGACGGCAGGUACAGCAGUGGCGGUGCGCAGCAGGCCUUGCAUCGGUAGCCCCACGGCUAACGGCUUGCCAGGUUUAGAGGCUCUUUUGUCUGAAGGAUGGAGCCAUUCCCGGAUGGAUGCGGAGGGGAGCACGGAUAAGUCUGGCAAGGAGAAGCCUAGCGAUCGCAUUACAGAGUGCUCGUCCGACACUUAUUUUCAAACGUCAUCCUCAGUCCGGAUGAAUGGAGUAUUGAGCCCAUCCCACAGGAUUUCAAACAAUGAUGAAGUUUGCCAUGGGAAUCCACUGGCUUCCGAAGCUGGCGACAACAGUGCGGAGGCCAAGAACCAGAUACCGGGAACGGUGCCAAGCUGUGCAGAGCCUGAGCUUUCUGGAAGGGGGGAAGGAGGUGAAGCGCAGGAAACGUUGCUUGCACAUACUGAACAAGCUGGCGAGCAGGUGAGGUGCAAAAUCCCGAGUCGAUGGUCGGAUCAUCGUGUGUGCGUCAGGCAGUGGUACAGACCAGCGUCACGGGCGUGGGGUCUGGAUUGUCGCGGCAUUCUAGGGGAAGGUCCGGCGGAGGGGGUCCUCACAGGCUCGCGCUCGCAGUCCGACCAGAGAGUACAGCCCCUGUCUCAUGCCCACGGGGAUGACCGCGGAAGUAGAACGGACACCGGUGCUGCUUCUGGCCCCCGGGCCAGUGGGAGUGGAAAGCCCUGGUUGGUUGGGAAGCUGCUUGGCAGUCUUGUUUCUGCGAUACCUCCUCUUUGGGAGACGCGGGGGCCGGCACCGGCGUACGAAAAGCCAAAUCGGAACGAAGAUGCAGGUGCUGCAAGUAUCCCGAAGAGUUUGGGUGAUGGCGAUGUUCACAGGAGAGUUGGAGUGGGGAUGCAGAACGGAUCAUGCUUGGCGGACGACAGAAGACCCGGCAGCAGUGACGUCUUCCCUCUCAGAGGGAGCGAGAGAAGGGCUGCGUACCAUUUGCCGUUGUUCACAGAGAAAUCUAGGGAAGGAUGUCGUCACGGGAGCUCCAAGAAACGUCCGAGCAUGCCGGGCUAUGCACCGGGCCAGUGGUGGAUAGCGUGUUCUCUGUGGUGCUUCUCCUGCCUUGGAUUCAUCUUCAUGAGUCUGCUUCACGACUGCCGAAUCCGCAUUCUGCUGGUGUGAUUUGGGUGCUUACCGAUGUGCACACUGCAGUCUUCCUCUUCGAUGAAGGCGGAGCAGCGUUUGCUGAUCUCGUGAUGUACUGUUCGACGAACUUGGGCUGAUCGUCCCCCACCUAUUCAUCCGUGCGCCAGUUGUAAUUAAUUAUCGCCGGACAGCUGCAGAUGGGCUGUGAAUGGGCCAGAUUCUGCCACGAUUCGGCCACAUGUUGGUGAUGAUGGGGUGGAGAGGAUGUAGCAGAUCUCGAAGGAGUCUAGCGUUAUCGAGCCAAAGGAUCUUUUGGAUUCCUUCCUCAUCCUUCGAUCAAAUCAUCAUUCUCGUGUCUUUUCUUUGCCCCAUGGUAAAAUUACCAUCCUUCUCUUACCUUGUCUUCAUCUCGCCGGAAAGUCGUGUAGCCGCAAAUCUACUGCUGAGUUCGCUGGGUUCUUCUGUUGGGCCAACAACAUAUCGAGCAUUGCAGAUAAUCUCUCCGUUCAGCCGUUCUCCCCCCUUCUCCGUGCCACUCUUUCCCGCCGUAAACCAUGCAGGAAACUGAGACAGGCCUGUCCAAACGUUCAGCAUUUCUUUCAUACCAGUACAGGGCGUACACUCACAUUACGACUUUUGUGACUGGAUUUGGCCGGCUCUCCGGCUGAAUGCGUCAUCCAGAAAAAGGUUUGUGCUGUGAGUGUGUUACCAGCCAGGAUGGGCACCUCUUGACUUCUGAUCGGGUUGAGAUUUUCGGAUCAACGCACAUGUCUCGAGUUAGUUUUAGCCGAUUGAUUGACCUUCACAGUCUUUUGUUCUUUUUCUUCUUCUCUGAUCUUCCCUGAAGGACACGGCCGAUUGUGCUCAAUGGGGACGACUUUGGUGUUGAGAAGGCGAAAAACGAGAGAAAACUGGAGAACGGAUUCGAGUUUGAUGAGCUACAUCUGUAUAUCUAUGCGGCGAUUCGAGUGUCUUCCCUGCGACCGACCGUCUUCUUCUUGGUCUCAGAGUGUUGCAUUCUGAUGCAGCGAAUGCGUCCACGUUUUUCAGGUAAGCUUAUUCUUCGAGGUGCAUGGCCAGCUUUUCUAGAGAUGAGCUUUAUCCGAACUUUUUGCAAGUGUCUUUUACAGAUAACUGAGAUAGGCCUCUUCCGAACGUUUUCUAGAGACAAAGCUUGUCCUAACUCUUUUCGAGAAAAAGUCCUAACUUGUUAGAUCCGGAAAGCUUCCGGACCUCUAAAUAGUAAAUAUAUAGGGCUGCU